CCGUUUUGACAUCCGGUACACAGCCACUUCCUAGAGUUUAUUAAUUUCUUAUGCAAAUAUCUCAAAGAAGUAUAUAUAUUUCCCAAUAGAAUAAUACUACAUUAUUAUGACGUAGCAAAUAAAUACUAAACAGGACUGUUAAAUUAGUCGUUUUGUGAAAGAGAAGACGUUAUCAUCUUGAAGUCCCGGUUGGUCAUCCUGCGUCACUGAGGGCCACUCGUAAACCCGACACGGUGCUGACGUAUCUUGCGUGGUGUGAUACAAAUUAAACUGUCUUUAAUGUGCAUUAUAUUACGUAUCUCGUUAGAUUAGCGCUUUGUCAUAUAUCGUAUUAUUAUAAUAUCUUUGUUGUGUGUACAAUGGUGCUUCCCAUCACUCCCGUCAAGGCGGAAUGAGGGCAGGUCCCGUAUUUGGUUACAGUUCCGGGCCAAGCACUGACGUCCAGCAUCGUGAUAUAUAAUACCUUCCUCAAGACCAAGCUUCAGUAUGAGUAGAACAAGGCUUCACGAGGCAGCUUUCAGAGGUGAUGCUGCGGAAGUCAGAAAUCUGCUAGCAUCUGGAUCAGACGUCAAUUGCAAAAACAGAUUUGAAGAAACGCCAUGUCACCUCGCAUCCCUCAAAGGAAGAGUUCCUGUCAUCAAAUUGCUUUUGGGAAGUGGAGCCAGUGUUAAUGCAUUAAAUAAGAAUGGGGAAACUCCUCUACACAGAGCCAUUGAUAGUUCCUGCAAAGAAAGUGUUGAAAUACUCCUGGCUCAUGGUUCAGAUGUCACUCUCAGAGAUGCGAAAGAGCACACUCCGCUGCAUCAUGCCACCAUCAAGAGAAAAAUGGCAAUAAUGAAGAUUCUGAUAAAAGUUGGUUCAGAUCUCUACAACCUAAACAAGUCUGGAAACACUGGCGCCCACCACGCUGCUUUCAAUGGGAAUGAUGACGUCCUUGAGAUUCUCCUCCAGGCUGGGUUUAAUGUCAAUUAUGAGAACAGCGAUGGUAACACACUGCUUCAUCUCGCUGCACGAGAGGGCCAUGUGACAACUGUGCAGCUACUGCUCUCCAACGGUGCCCAGCUUAAUGUUUACAACAGGGAUGGUAAAACUCCCGUUCUCCUAGCUGCUGCUAUGGGACAUACCAAUAUUGUUCUCAACCUUCUAGAUUUAGGAGAAUGCCCUUACAACGCCAACACUGGCUAUUCUGUCCUACAUGCAGCUGCGUCCACCAACAGGAUUCACACUCUUCAGGCUGUUGUGGCUAAGUUUUCAGAGAGGGAUUUGCUCAGUAAUUUAUGGCAGAACUUGACAGCUGAAGACGUAGCCAGUAUUUCAGGUAGUAGUGACAGUCUUUGGUGGCUCAGGAAGCAGUCACUGUAUCUUGAGAGGCCUGAAUCUCAUCUAGUGUCUACGUUGGAUAAGUGCAGGACUCAGUAUGAAUGUAGUGGCUCUGGCUUUGUCAAAAGAGGAAAAGUUUUUUCUGCGUGGGAGAAUUCGCGUCUCCGUAAGAGCAUCAAGGAUGGCGCUGCAGAGAUGCACUACAUGGAUGAGAAAGGGAACACCAUACUUCAUGUAGCACUGGAAGCUGGAAAUGAGGUAGUAGCUGAUAUGCUCAUAGAAACUGGAGCCCUUGUGGUGGCUCAAAACCACAGGUGCCAGACGCCGCUGGAUGUUGCUCGGAACAAGCAAAAGUACGUGAACCUAAGAAAACCCGACUUGCAGGACAGCAGAUACGACGCAUUCCUACACAUACUCCUUCUAAGUGUGGUAACUCAAACUGUAGGACUUGAAGUUGAUAACAAUUCAAGUCAAAUUCACUUUGACACCAGCCAAGAACCCUUGGAUAGAAGUAUACAAGGAAUAAAACUAGAAAUCAUCAAGAAUUUCAGCAAACUGGUGUCCAGCUCAGUUUUGUACGACCCUGUGGGGAGUUGCGGAAGGCAUAUCUUACCUUUGGCCAUAACGACGAAUAACAGAACGCUAUUGCCACUCUUAUUAGCUUCGGGGUGUCCUCUCACUACAAGUGACUCUGGACUGGGGAUCGUGCAAGUAGCUUGGCUGACACCAGAUAUUACAACAUGGGUAGCCAUGGUAGUCACAAGAGCUGUCAUCAAUCAACUUCAAUCUGAUCUUGAUACAUUACGGAACAUCCCAAAUGUAGACGCCCAGGUGCAAAAGCUCCAUUUUAUCCUGAUACAAGCCAUUCCCAACCUGAUUAAAAGCUUACGGGGGUCGAAACCCUGGGAAGCACAAUUCAAAUGCCCUGAUGAUGUGACACCAACACAACUUUAUGUAACUGCCAGUCUCUAUGGGUUAACUUUAACAGCUUGGUACAUCUGGAGGGCCGGUGCCAGCAACUUCCUCAGGACCUAUCCUUUCAGUAGGUGCAAUGCUCUUGAAGCAGCCUUGUCAAACACAUGUUAUUCAACUGCUUUUCGACUGGUUGUGGAUAUGGAUGCUAAUCCCUUUUUGAAGAACAAGGAUAGAGAGCUAUCCAUUAAUAUUUUCCCAGAAGAUAUGCGGUUAUUGGAGGUAAGUUUGUUAGUCCAGGGUGCAUCCACACAAACGUUCUCUAGGUUCAUGCUGGGAAAAGAGUACAGGAUCCUUGAGAAGAGAAUGGAGAAGAGUAAACAUGAAAGUGAGAAGCAGAAAACCCAACAAGUCAUCAUUUUGCUCAUGGUUUUGUUUUUACAGUACAAACUGAAACUAGGAUCAGAAGACUGGAAGCUUUUCUUAUGCUUCAUUUUAGAUGCACAUUCCAGGAUAAAGGAAGAGAUACCAUCGCAUCCACCUGCUUUCUGGAUGGCAUCCCUUGAGAAAAUCCUCUUAGCAGAAGGAACUGAGAACGUCAGAUUGACAUCAUCAGCGAUGUAUUCAGGUAUGAUGAGAAACAUCUUGUCCUAUGUUGAAAAACUUUCCAGAACACUGAAGAAGUUGGACCUCACCAAUGAAGAGGAUCAUUUCUGUUCUCUGUUCCAUAUUCUGCAUGGUACUUUUUCUGAUCCUCAGUGCCCAUGGAAGGAAAACAGGAACAGCAAUAAUUUCACUUCCCAGCUGAAGUUUCUAUUCCAAAGGAGUUUGAAGUUUGCAUGUGAAGAUGAAAUGCCAUUAUUUUUGCAUCUGCUUAUCUCUGUAGCCGAAGUGGCAGUCGACUUGGUACUAGAUGAGCUUUGCAAAACUGUGCCUCUGCACCACGCAGCUCAAAAUGGCAUAACCUCUGCUGUCGUGUACCUUCUAGACUGUGGAGCAUCCCCAUUUGUCAACGAUGCAUCAGAUAUAUUACCUGUUCAGUAUGCCUUUAUGUUUGGGCAUAAAGCAACUGCAGAGAUGCUGAAGACCACAGAUAACAAUGAGAUGCCUGACAGUAAUACUUACCUGGAUUUUCAUGACACUUAUCUGAGACUCUAUGGGUUGGACCCUAUUGGCAAUGUAGAGUCUAGAUAUUAUCAUGUUCAGUGUAAAGAAAAGUUGUUCACAGAUUGCUUCCAAUAUGUUGCAAAUAUAUGGAAAAAAGGUGUAGAAAAAGCUGUUAAUGAAAUUCUUGUUGACUUCCAGACUGGAGAAGCUCAAGAAAUCAAAGCUUCUGUCACUGCAUUACUUUCGGAUCUGAAUAAAAGAAUAUCUCUGAAAGACAAGAGAUUUGAAGGUGAAAUACAAUUUGUUGGAAGUUCAGAGGAUAAUGUCAGAUUAUAUUGUCCUGACGAAUAUGACUGCAAUCUAAUCCUGAAUAACAUACAGGCCAAACCUGACGGUGAAUUGGAAGCUAAUCUUGUAGACUUGGAUUAUGAUAAGGUGGUUGCUUGUGGUCAUCAGAAGAAACUAGAGGUUCAUGUUUUAAAAGAGGAACUCAGAGAAUUUAUAAAUGGGGAAGAAUUCUUGAAUCGUUUUUACCUCACUGCCCGAGAAUCGUUGAUGGAAAUGGAUCCUAACGUAGGCAGACUGAAGCUAAUGAUGCCUGGAAUUAAGAAAACCCAAGUUGGUAUUGAAAUGUUUUUCUUAUGGUCAGGUACAAAGUACCCAAUGCUCUUUGUAAACAUUGAUUUUGUCCCUACUGUGAAAGCCCCUUGGCCAGACAACCUUCCUAAGCCUAAUUGUAGCCUAGGUAUCAGCUCACUCACUGAAAUAUAUUUAAAUAAAGUAGAUGGAGAUGAAUGGAGACUGUCCUUUGGCUCUAACGAGACAAUGAUUAUGCAAAUGCUCCCUGAAUGCAAAAGAAAUGUUUUUCUUGCUUGCAAGAUGAUCUUGGCUGCUCUGAAGACAGAGAGCUGGGUACCUCUGAAACUCAAGGCCCGUUUCACUUACUGGGACAGUCGGAUGUUUUCCCUCCCUUCAAAAGGAGGGUUUGCUUUGAAGAACUGCUUUUUCCAGGAACUUGAAGAGGUGACAGAUGUAAGUGAAUGGGAAAGUGCACAGCUCUUGACCAGAGCCUGCUCUGUCUUUGAGAGAAUGUGCAAGCUAGGAAACCCACAAGAGGCUUCAAUUGAUUGCCCCAAACCAGUGAAAGCUUACUUUGGGGGUGAUACAGAAAAAGCAUCUAUUUACUCAUGUGCUCCGGAAAUACUGCACUUUCUGAGGAAUUUUGAUCAAUUUUUUGCAGGGGCAGCCUGAGUGACAGUUAGUAAACUGAAUAACUGCAGGAUAGCGUGGUGUGAAAAUAAGUAAUUUUGCCUCUCUUAUUUAUUAUACUUUUUUGCACUUAGUUUAUUAUUAUUUUGCAAUACUAGCAAUAAACAACAAGUCGCAAGUGAGUGACAUCUUAAGAUAAAUCGUCCAUCUCAUUUGCUAUAUUUCCACCCGAGAGCUUAAAUAGGUCAUCUGCAUAACGGCAGUCAGAAGUUCUCUUAGAAUUUUGUUGCCUUUUAUUGCCUUCAUCAGCAUUCCUUUGGCCACUACCUACAUCCAUUUCUUAGCCUUUUUCUCCAACUCCUGACCUAAUUUUUGUGAAUCCCUUGAGCUUGCAGUCUAUCCACUCCAGUGCUGAAUGGACGAAAGUGUCCCAGUGCUUGGGUAGACAACCUUGAUAUCACCAACCAAAUCAAAUCAGUGUCUUAUCUCUAAGGAGAUAAGUGUCUGAGAGAUAACUAUGUUCAGGCCACUGCUUUCUCUCUACUUUUGGUCUGCCACCCUGUGGAACGACCCAUGAAACGACUGAGGCGACAAUGACAGGCCAUCCGACCCUUGAAUUGGUGGCUUUUAAAGACACCAACUUGAUGGAUGCUGAUGAGUGAUUCACUCUCUAGCUCUAAAGACUCAUUAAUUAGGUUUUUGAUACUGAGAUAAUGUUGAAAUAAAGUCAUUUACCAUUUCUGUGGCCUACUUGUUGGUCCAUUGUGGUCUGGAGUUUUGUGUUCGAGUGAGUUUUGUGUUCGAGUGUUCAUGCAAAAUAUGCACAACGAUGAAGCGUGCAUUAUACUCAGCAACAACGUAUAUUUUUAAAUAAAGCUUUUAUUAAA